GGGAGCGGUGGAGACAUCGACCAGCUGGGGCGGGGCAUCGUCGUCAUCCAUGUUGGGCUUCGGAGUGCAACCAGAGGGAAGAGAGGGGGGGGAUAGAGAGUCGAGGAUACUAUGUCAGAUGCGAUGGAGAUGAAGAGAAGCAAGUCGGGGAAUGACGUUGCCGCAAGAGGCAGGCUAGGGCUUAGGGCACCGGCAGUCAUGGGCGGCGAUGCAAACCAGAGAAACCAGGCCAACCAUGCCCGUGAUGGGCGGCCCGUCACUCCGGCCAGCUCCAUCUUAUCUCCUUCAGCUCUCUGUUUAUCCACUUCUCCAAUUCUCGUCUCUCCUUUUUUUCCCCAUUCCUUUCCUUCUUUUCUCCCCGCUCGUGCUGUGCGAAUCUUCUCGCCAUGGCUGCUGCGGGCGUCUCCCAGGCUACCUCCCCACGCCUGCCCAGUCCUCCCCCGUUUACGGAGGUCCAGAUCGGGCCCAAAUCGCCCUCGGUCGGCGAGUCCUUCGACCACGAGACCGAGCGAUUGCUGGGCGCUUCACAGAUCUCGGAGGAUGGCUCGACCCGGAGAAUCCGCCCGGGCACUAGGGCUGUCGACAUGGCCUUUGGACCUCCUUUGAUUCCUCUCUCCCAGCUCGACUCCCCCUUCCAACUCCAAGAACACCUUAAGGCUCUUUACAAUCAUUACACGCGACCAGAAGGCACCGAUACGGUAGUUCCCAUCAGCCGGGAGGUCGCCAUCCAGCUUGCGGAGCCGCCGGACGGCGUCGACCGGUCGCUAUGGCUCUACGAAUUGUGUCGUUUCCUAACCAUGAAGGUCAACAACCUCCUCAUCGCCUUCUUCGCCGACUCACCUCCCUGUUCCGCUCAGACCUGUCCUGAAAUGCGUGCGUCCGAGUGGCAGUACCUCUGUGCUGUCCACGACCCGCCCAAAUCCUGCUGCGCCAUUGACUAUUGCUGCCACACCCUCGAUUGGGCGACAAAUAUCCUCACAUCGCCCAAGUAUUUUCCCAGUCGGCUGACCCUCGGCUCGGAAACCGGCGGCGGCGCACAGGCCAGCAUGCGACACCUGACCAACAUCUUCCGUCGGCUGUAUCGCAUCUUCGCGCAUGCCUGGUUCCAACACCGGGAGGUGUUCUGGCAGGUCGAGGGUCACGACGGGCUGUAUGUCUUCUUCAAGACGGUUUGUGACAUGUACAGUCUCAUUCCGGAGGACAACUACACGGUUCCUGCGGAGGCGGAGGGUGUCGAUGUCCAGCAGCCGCCGGCGCUGGAGCACACGGACAAGCGUCGGAUGACGAUCCUGCGCAAAGACAAUGAAUCGUUUGCCGCAUCGUUGGAGAACAUGGAGUCGGCGUCAAUCAGCACGGGGGCCACCACGCGGCGUCACAAGAAUAGCCCGUCUGUCAGCUCGAGUGUCACAACCAUCAGCGAGGGCGCUGAGGAUGACGAGCACCCAAGACAGCAGGCUGUGGCGGCAGCAACAGCUGCGGUUGCUGCUGCAAACGCCGCCGCGGCUGCGUCUUCCCCUGUUGCUGCUUCCUCUGCUCCUGCCCCUGCCCCUGCUCCGGAGCCUGAGUCCGAGCCCGAGCCAACACCAGAGGCGGCUAGUGAGGAGCAGACGUCCCAGCCCGAGCCAUCAGCCGACAGCAACGGGUCUAAGAUUACAGUUUCUGAAGUCCACGCCGAGGAUGACGAGGCCGCUCCAGAGUCGACGGGGAAGCCAGAGCCAGCGGAGCCCGAGACCAAGGUCGAAGCGGACGAGCCGGCGGCGGAAGCUGAAGGCGAAGCCUCCGCAGAGGCUGCAGAGGCUACAGAAGCUACAAAGCCCGAAGAAGAGUCGGACGUGAAGCAACCUAGCUCGCAGGAACCGCCGGCGGAAAACGAAGCGGCGCAGGAGGCGUAGCACGAGCACAUUUUCUUUCUGAUCUCUUCUCCUGACAUGAUGCCAUGUGUCGAUACCACGGUUGUAAUAUGUCUUGCUUGAUGGAAGUGCAUGCAUGUUAGACGGGGCCCUGAUGUAAUAUACGACUCGAGCGAGUUUAAUGAUACCCU